GUCCCCUGUCCGGUACCUGAGCGUCCUGACGGACAUCGCCCCACGAGACCCAUUAAUUAGUCUGAUUAGUAGUAGUUCCUGGACGCCAUCUGGCCACGUCCCGACUUCCACAGCCUAUAUCACAUUCAAUAUAUGUACUACAGAUGGCCACCUACACCCCCCAACAACUCGAACUCUACCUCGAGCGGAUCCGUUACCCCGGGUCCGAUACCACCUCUCGACUACAAUGUCUGCAGCAGGCCAUUGCAGAGAAUCCGCUAGCCACUUUGGCCGAGCUGCAACGACGACAGCUCUCGUCCAUUCCGUGGGGUAACUCCGCACUGCACUAUUCCACUCACCGGACCAUUUCCAUCCGUCCGGCGUGUGUCUUUGAGAAAUUAGUCGUGCGUCGUUUGGAUGGCUACUGCAUGGAGAAUAAUACCCUGCUCUAUGCGGUCUUGCGCUCCCUGGGGUAUCAGGUGUAUCCUUCCGGGGGGCGGGUGUGUUUGGCUGCGUCCGGGGCGACGUAUGAGGGGGUGGAGAAGUUGUAUACGGGGCUGUCACAUAUGGUGCUGAUUGUGCUCAUCGAGGGGGACAAAUACAUGGUUGACGUCGGGUUCGGCACGAAUGGCCCUACCAGUCCCUUGCUGCUGAAACCGGAUUUCGUUUCGGUCUGCAUGGCCCCGACGGAGAUGCGGCUGGUUUAUGAUGCCCUCCCGGAGUACGUGGAUCAGACGCAGAAGGUCUGGAUCUAUCAGAUCAGGUAUACGCCCGACAGCAACUGGAUUCCCAUGUACUCGUUCCUGGGCACCGAGUUCCUUCCCCAGGACUUUGAGGUCAUGAAUUUCGCGACUAGCCAGCGCCAAACGAGCUGGUUCACCCAGACCGUGGUCUGCACCCGGAUGUUCCUGGAUGAGGCCGAGACGGCCGUCCAAGGGCUGUAUAUCCUGGCCGGGACGGAGGUGAAGAAGAGGCAGCUCGGGCAGUCGGAAGUCGUAGAGACGCUGCAACGGGACGCAGACCGGGUUACUGCCCUCGCCAAAUGGUUUGAUAUGCAUCUCCGCGACCACGAAGUCGAGGGCAUCCGCGGUUUAGUGUCGGAGAUCAAAUAGAUUGGAAGCUAGAGUCUACCUGGCAGCGCCCAGCAGGCCAGAUAUUUAUGAUACAAACAAUCUUUU